UACUGAUCACCAAGAUUUAAGGAACAAAAUUUACCAGAUUUCGAUGGCGGAUUCGGACAAUGAAUCAGGAGGACACAGAGAGAACAGCAACAUUGAGAGUUCACUAAGAGAACAAGACAGGUUCCUUCCAAUAGCAAAUGUAAGCAGAAUCAUGAAGAAAGCUUUACCAGCUAACGCGAAAAUCUCAAAAGAUGCUAAGGAGGUAGUUCAAGAAUGCGUUUCUGAAUUCAUCAGUUUUAUCACAGGGGAAGCAUCAGAUAAGUGUCAAAGAGAAAAGAGAAAGACAAUCAAUGGUGAUGAUUUGUUGUGGGCAAUGACAACUCUUGGUUUUGAAGAAUACAUUGACCCACUCAAGAUUUAUUUGCAGAGAUUUAGGGAUUUAGAAGGGCAAAAAAGUGGUGUUUCUGGAGAGAAAGAUAAUGGUGGAUCAGUGAAUAUAGGUGGUUAUGUUGAGGACUAUCAUGGCAUGAUGAUGAUGGGGAAUCAACAUCAUCAAGGACACGGGAAUGGUACCGGAGUAUAUAAUCAUCAGACGGGGGAGAAUGCUGCAGGGGUUGGUACAGGAGGGUCGCGAUUUCCUGAUGUUGGGAGGCAAAGGUAAUUGUAACAUCCCAGGACUACAAAGAUGUAUCAGGACUUGAGAGAAGACGAAGAAACGCGAUGUUUGAACUGUCAACAGGUUGAAGUAUGGACAUUAAAGCUACUGAAAGACAUAAACAGACUUUGUAGUUUGUAGACUUUAGUAUAUUCUACAAAGAUGUAAAUUGGUAAACAUGUGUGUACAUUACAAUGUGGUGUAAACAUGGUAGUUUAAUGGAUUGUAAUUGUCUAUUACAUCAUUGUUUCUCUAUUAGUUGAUGUUUAAAUAAACUUUUUUAGUGUAACAAAUGAUUUA